GGGUGGAUUCAGCAAGCUAUUUCUCGGUCUGAGGACUGCCAAAUGAUCACUUCAUUGGAUUGUAGUCCACCUUUCAGCCACAGGCUUAUUCCAGUCAGUUGAUCGCAUUUGUGCCCAUCUUCCCGUGGAAAAUCUGAACUAGCUUUCUGGAUGUUCUGGUGUCCACCAAGAUAUCUUGUUUUAAGAAGGACUGAAACCCCUACGAUAGAGCAUGAGUUGCGAUUAUAGGUCAAAGUAACAUACUCGCGUUUGCAGAACCUCAUGCGCUUGUUCCUUGCUCUUCGUGCAUGCCGAAGUUUGCCCGGAUAGGUCAACGUCAUCCCAUGGAUACAGCGAAGGUCUUCUUCGACCAUGUCGCCAGUACGUGCAGCAUACCGAAGCAAUUAUGGAACAUUCACAACGAAAUCUUGUAGAUCAAGGUCAUUCGAGAACCAGAUCAGGCGCCAGGCCUACCCGACCUCGAACCUCCACCAAAGGUCCGCUAGAGGCGGAUGAGGGCCCGCUAUCAUCGCCGUUGUCGCCAAGAGCGCCCGGAGCACUUCUCGUAGCAUCGCGGCAAGCAAGUCCGAGGGCCAGUCCAUCACUGACCAGGUCACCGGCUCGGUCGCCUGCACCGCCAGUGCCCGUCUCGUCCCGGGACUUCUCACACCUCCUACGCCCAGAGAUUUUCCAUCAACUCACACCUCUCUCUGUCCCAGCGCCGUUUCGCGACCCAAACAAGCAACCCUCCCCCGAGACACCUAUCUCGGAUUUGCUAGCACAGGGCCAUUUCCGCGCGGCCGCCAUCGCGAGUGUGCAAGCGCUCACCAGCAGUCCUGUAUCAGCAACACAGGCGGCGGCCCACCCGCCUGUGGACCCUCACGACCACGAGCGCAUCUUCUCGCUUUUGUACACGCGUCUCGCAUGUCUCUGCUUGAUCGACGCUGUACCGCUGGCGGCGCAGGAAGCGAAGGCACUGCAGGAUCUUAAUCAGGGCUUCUAUCUUGACCCCAUUGAUGGAUCGCACCUCAUGCCAUGGGAGCUACGUGUUUUGGCCAUCCGGCUCCAGACGCUUGGAUUUGGUGAUCCGAGGCGUGCGGUCAUGAGCUUUUAUGACCUGGCACGGGAGGCAAGGUUUGAGAUUGUAAGGGCAGGCAAGGCGCAUGAUCACUCAGCAAAGGAAGUGUGGAAGUCGAGACUUGGGGAGCUGGGGAUCAGGGUUGCUGGGGCUUUGGUGGAGAUGGAUGAUUUGGCAGGUGCGACAAGUCACUUGGCCAAUCUGAAGGAGGAGUCGGGAGAUGAACGUCUGGCCAUGGCGAAGGCUCUUCUGUGGCUGCAUCUUGGAGACGUGGAUGCGGCGAGAUGGUGUGUUAGAGAUGGCAAGGCAGAUCAGAUAUCGGAGAAGGUUGUGUCCGCACUCGCAGAUAUGGCAGACGGCGGGUACGAGACUGCUCUGGAAAAGUGGAGGGCUUUGAAGGAUGAUCUAGACGCCAAUGGUGUUGAGGACGAGAUGGUCGGCGUCAAUCUAGCCGUAUGCCUGCUCUAUCUGGGCAGGAUAGAGGAAGGACGUGGUAUCUUGCACCGUUCAGUCUCAAAUGGCCAGAGUUCACAUACGCUCCUGUUCAAUCUGAGCACGAUGUACGAGUUGUGCACUGAUAGGGCGAAGCAGUUGAAGAUGUCUUUGGCUGAGCAGGUUGCUGCUAUGGAAGCGACAUCGCAAGGGUGGGAGAAGACCAAUGCGGAUUUCAAGCUCUAAAGAUUAGAUUUCAUCUCUUCUUGACAAAUUGUUUCACCAAAUUACAUUGGUGUUCUAGUCCUGAUGGAUUUGGUCCCCACUUACAAUUAUGAAGGAUUGAUUUCAAUUGUUUCCAAUUCCAAUGGUAACAUGCGAACACCUAAAAUUAAGAGUCAUAGUGGGAAAUGGCUAUUCUCGAGGUCCAGGAUGUCAGAAUAGAGUGGCAUGAGCUAGAUCUGUAUCUCCGUGCAUCGGAAUUUUGUAUCUUAUCUUUUUAU